CUAGAAGAAUUAUGAUAUUAAAAACACUGAAAUAAAUAAAGGAAACUCUUUUAGGCAAAGCAGGAGAAAUAAAACGCAUUAGAAAUUAGCGCUUUCAAUUUUUUGUCGUAAAAUCGUGUUCCGAUUCAGCUCAAUCAAUUGGCCCAAAAACUGCGCAAAUUUCAAAAUUUAAAACCCUAACACUGAAAACACUGAAGCAGAUUAACUGCAAUUGAAGCUCUGGCAGUUGCUCCAAUGGCGAAGAAACGCAAAGCCCCUUCUUCUCAGCAGACGAACGAGCGAAAACCUAAAGUAGUUCGUGAAGAGGAAGCAGAAGUCGUUGUCAAAGAAGAAGAGUCCUCCAAUGAGGAAGAAUCCGAAGAAUCAUCAUCAGAAGCGGCGUCGGAAUCCGAAUCCGAGUCCGAGUCCGAAUCUGAGGAUGGAGAAGAAGAAGAAUCUUCUUCAAAUGGAGAAGAAGAAGAAGAAGAAGGAGAGGACGAGGCAUCAAAGCGAGAAGCCCUUCGUGAAUUAUUGGAACCCUUCGGAAAAUCCCAAAUCAUAGACAUUCUAAAAGAGGCAGCGGCGAAGGAUCCCAAACUCCUCCCCAAAAUAGUGCAGAAGGCGAAUUCCGACCCAGCCCACCGGAAUAUAUUCGUGUUCGGGCUCGGCUGGGACGCCACCACCGAGCAGCUUGUCCAGGCAUUCAAGCCCUUCGGCGAAAUCGAAGAGAGCAAGCUAAUCACUGACAAGAACACCGGGCGCGCGAAAGGGUACGCCUUCGUGAUGUUCAAAACGCGUGCCGCCGCGAAGAAGGCUAUCAAAGAUCCCCAGAAGAGGAUCGGGAACAGGACUGUCUCGUGCCAGCUGGCAGCCCUCCGCGGCUCUGCCGGAACCGUGGCGGCCGAGGGAGGGAAUAACAGGAAGAUGUACGUGGCGAAUGUGGCGCCCCACGUGAGCUUCGAGAAGCUCAAGGCUUUUUUCGGGAGCUUUGGGGAGAUUGAAGAAGGGCCACUAGGGAUGGAUCCGGUUACGAAUAAAUUCAAAGGAUUCGCCAUUAUCACUUACAAGUCAACAAAAGGGUACAAUAAGGCGAUGGAGGAGCCAAUUAAGGUGGUUGAGAAUUGCCAAUUGCAUUGCAAGAAGUUUGUCGAGAAUUUUGCCAACAGUUCGUCGAGGCAGAGUAAUGCCAGUAAUGUGAAACCUGCUGCUACUGAUGUUAAUUACAACACUUUAGGGAUGAACACUGGGAUUUUGGGGGCAAAUUUGAAUGCUGGCGGGUUUAUGAUGGCGCAGAAUCCGGGGAUUGGAUUGGCCGGUAAUCCGUUAUUAGCAGCAGGGUAUAAUCCAGCAGGUUUAGCAGCCUCAAGAUUAGGUGCAUCAAUGGGGGGAAUGAGUGGUAACUAUGGGAUAAAUAGCAUAAGUCCUACAGUGAUGGGUAGCUACGGCUCGCAAGAAGCUUACCAGAAUCAACCUGUAGCUACGGGGAGCUACAGGUUGGGAGCGUACCAGAAUCCGCAGACAGGGUUAUCGUCUAUAGGGACAAUGGGAACAGCAACCACAGCUACCGCACCAACAAAGGUUCCUACAAGUGGUGGAUCAGCAUCAACAACGUAUCUGUCAUACUUCAACCGUUAGAUGCUCAGCUGCACUGCAACUAUGACACUGACGCGUUCAUGUUGCGUCUCAAGAAGGCUGCAUUUCUGAUCAAUAUAGCUUCCCUCGGAUUUUUCUGGGCAAACUGGUGAUAUUCACUCUUGGUAUCACGGUUGCUCCCGUGUUGUAACGAUAUAGACAAUAACAUACCCUUUGCUCAGUCUUACUCUUUGUAUUUUUCUUAGGGUUGUACAUCAACUUUCUCAUGAAGAUUGAUUGGAUUCUACUCUUUUUAAUUUUGUUAGAGGCAGGACUUCUGUUAUGUUCAGCCAUAUGUUCUACUAUUAUUAAUUUUUUUUAAUGAUAAGAAUGGCUACUUGUAUGUUGUCA